AUGGCAGACCAGCCUACCACAUCCCCAACUGAGAAGGAGAGGGCAGGACCCUCGCCUAAAAAUACGACUACAGCCUCCAGGGUGAGGCGCAGCACAGGGGAAGGGGAGAGCGGUAAGACUGACCCAAAGCCGUGUACGUCGGCAACGCAUCCGCACUCACAGGUGAUAACUAUAUCACCACCACCGACAAAAACUACCACCAAGAUGACUGGUCAGCCUAAAUUGAAGCUGAAGAUAGCGCCAACCGCCGAGACGCGGCCGGCAGCUCGCAGACCGUCGGUAGAGACACCGGCUUCAACUACAACCACGACGACAAAAUCGCCACAAUCGGCGAAAUUGACAGGUAGAGCUCACGAAGGACGGGUCUGGCUUCAGAGGGCGAAAUCUCAUGUUAAUGAGUCUCGCAAUCUGAGGACAGACCUGAAAGAGGGCAUGAUUAUGGCCGUCGAUAAGCUCUACCAAUUGUUGAAGGAAGCAGUGGCGGAAUUGGAAGAGGAAAAGAAUAAGAACAAGGAACUCAAGGGCAAGGAAAGAGAAGGAAAGAAGGAAGGGAACGACAAAAAGGACACGGAGGACUCAAGAGCACUUAGUAAGGAAAUGGUAGAGCUCAUAAAGGAGCAGAGCAACAAGAUAGAGCAGACGAACAUCGAACUAUCAAAGCUCAGAGAGUCCGUCCUUAACAACCAGGCCACCCAGAGAGCGUCUUACGCUGAAAUAACCGCGGACCAGAGCAGAAGGCAAGCAAACAAUAACAACGAUAGGAGCUCUUUACACUCCAUCGUUGUUACGUCCCGGAAUGAACAAGAGAACAGCGAAGAGGUCCUCAAACAGGUCCGACAGGCUGUGAACGCAAAAGACGGCUGGGUGACUGUGGAGAGGGUCAGGAAGGUGAAGGACAAAAAGGUUAUUAUAGGAUGCAGAACAGUAGAGGAACGGCAAAAGGUUCAAGACAGGCUAAAGAGUGCAGGAGAUCGACUCCUUGUCGAGGAGAUGAAAAACCAGGACCCGAUGCUGGUCCUCAAGGAUGUAUUGUCGUACAAUACCAACGAUGAUAUCAUCGCUGCCUUGAGAAACCAGAACGGAGGGGUUUUCCAGGGCCUCGACAAGGGGGACGAUAGGAUGGAAUUUAGGUACCGCCGUAAGGCGAGGAAUCCGCUCAUGAACCAUAUCGUCCUACGGGUGUCACCUCAGAUAUACAACAGGAUGAUGAGCUGCGGCACGGUCCACGUCGACAUGCAGAGGGUGAAGGUGGACGAUCAAUCUCCCUUGGUGCAGUGCUCCAUGUGCCUAGCAUAUGGACAUGGCAGGAGAUUCUGCAAAGAGACCGUGCCGAAGUGUAGUCAUUGUGGCGGACUGCACAUGAAGCAGGACUGCCCGGAUUGGUUGGCAUCGGCAGCACCAACUUGUUGCAACUGCAUGACCGCGAAGGUUGACACCCCAGUAGAGCAUAACGCUUUCAGCGCCGAGUGCCCCAGGAAGGAACUGGCGACCACAGAACUCAUGAUUGAGGCCAGUGAGCGUAAACUCGCACUAGCACUGCUCCAGGAGCCGUAUGUGGGUGGGGUGAGAAGGAUGAAGGAUUACCGUGGGGCGAGACUCUACCAAAAUGCGACAGUAGGAGAUGGGACUGUGAAGGCGGCAAUAGUUGUCUUCGACGACAGCCUUGACGUCAUCCAGUGCCCGAAACUCACUAACAACAAUAUUGUUGUGGUGAGGAUCCGAACCGCAGCUUGGGAAAUCGCGGCGGUAUCCUUCUACUUCGAACCGGACCAGCCCAUAGAGCCAUACUUGGAGCAGCUUCGGACCAUCAGAGAGGAGUUGGGCCCUAUGUCACUGCUAAUAGGAGGAGAUAGCAACGCUAAGAGUACCUGGUGGGGUAGCACCGUAGAAGACCACAGGGGGAAAGAACUGUCCGGGACCCUGGAAGAGUCUGGGCUUCAGGUACUAAAUACUGGUGAUACGCCUACCUUUGAUACCAUCAGAGGUGGAAGAGCGUUCACCAGCCACGUGGAUAUAACAGCCUGCACCACAGAUCUACUGGACCUGGUAGAUAACUGGAGGGUAGACCAGAACAUGACGAGCUCUGACCACAACGCCAUACUUUUUCACAUUAGUCUCCGCAAAAGUCGAGGCCUGAGAGUGGAGCGAACCACCAGGCUCUAUAAUACAAAGAAGGCGAAUUGGGACAUUUUUAGAGAAAAAUUUUCAGAAAUAAAAUUGCAAAACAAUAUUAAUAUCGAAUUAAUUAAUAAUAUUAGUGACAAAAACGAUUUGGAACAAGUUAUACAAAAUUAUUCAAACAGCAUAACGGCAGCAUGCCAGUUUAGUAUGCCAGCCAAAAGGAGUACUGAGGUACUCAAAGUCCCAUGGUGGAAUGAUGAGCUCACGAGGCUAAAAAGGGUUACCACUACCUUCAGGCGAAAGAUCAAGAACGCGGCGCCGUACCGCAGAGAAAUAGUGGUAGCCCAGUACCUAGAAAAGAAGGAAGCCUACGAGUGCCAAGCCAAGAAAGCCCAAAUAGCAAGUUGGAAGGAGUUCUGCGAGAAACAGGAUCGGGAAGGACUCUGGGAGGGGAUAUAUAGAGUCAUAAGGAGAACCACCAGGAGACAAGAAGACUUGACCCUAACCAAAGACGGUGCAUUCCUGAACCCAAGAGAAUCGGUGAACCUUCUAGCGGAGACAUUCUACCCGAAAGACCUGGAGGCAACAGAUAACGAAGACCAUCGCCGGACCAGAGAGGCGGCAAAGCGGGUAAACGACCUGGGUCAUGAUGAACACCAUGAUCCACCGUUUACACCGCUGGAGCUACAGACCGCGGUGGGGAGUUUCAACCCAAAGAAGGCCCCCGGAGCGGAUGGCUUCACGGCAGACAUCUGCAGGAGAGCGAUCUACCAGGAUCUGGACGCCUUCCUUGCCCUGGCCAACAAGUGCCUUGAGAUAGGGCACUUCCCGGACAUUUGGAAGGAAGCCACUGUUGUGGUAUUAAGAAAACCGGGCAAGGAAGAUUACACGAAUCCCAAGGCAUACAGACCAAUUGGCCUGUUGCCGGUCUUGGGAAAGAUCCUGGAGAAGAUGGUAGUAGCACGGAUGAAAUGGCACCUAGUACCGCGGAUUAGUACUCGCCAGUACGGAUUCAUGCCCCAGAGGAGCACCGAGGACGCCCUCUAUAAACUAAUACACCACAUCAAGGGUAAGAUUGGGCUGAAGAAGCUAGUAACCCUAGUGUCAUUGGAUAUAGAGGGCGCCUUCGAUAGCGCGUGGUGGCCAGCUAUCAGAGUCCGUCUGGCUGAGGAAAAGUGCCCGGUCAAUAUCAGGAGGCUACUGGACAGCUACCUCGACUGCAGAAGAGUCAAAGUAAGGUACGCCGGGGAGGAAUGCACGAGGAGCACGAACAAAGGAUGUGUGCAAGGGUCAAUCGGUGGCCCGAUCCUGUGGAAUGUCCUUCUUGACCCUCUGCUGCAGGAAUUGGAGAGGAGGCAAUACUACGUGCAAGCCUUCGCGGACGACGUGGUGAUGGUGUUCGAUGGGGACACUGGUCUUGAGGUGUCGAGACAGGCCAAUGCCGCUCUAGCCUUUGUUCAGCGGUGGGGAGUCGUAAAUAAGUUGAAGUUCGCGCCUCACAAGACGUGCGCCAUGGUUUUGACGAGAAAACUGAGGUACGACGACCCGCUGCUGACCAUGGGAGGGGUUGACAUUGGACUGUCAACGGAGGUAAAGAUUUUAGGGCUCACCAUUGACCAUAAGCUGACAUUUAACACACAUGUUGCGCUCCAGUGCAAAAAGGCACUGGACAUUUACAAACAACUCUCGAGAGCAGCUAAGGUCAGUUGGGGUCUACAUCAAGACAUAAUCAGGACCAUAUAUGUAGCAACAGUAGAGCCCAUCAUCAUGUAUGCGGCGGCAGCUUGGGCGCCUGCAUCAAGUAAGCUGGGGGUGCAAAAGUUGCUCUCUACAGUGCAAAGGGGUUUCGCCCAAAAGCUAUGUAAAUCCUACCGCACAGUCUCUCUACACUCGGCACUGGCACUGGCGGGGAUACUUCCUCUCGACCUGCGAAUACAGGAGGCAGCUGCCCUGUACUUUGCGAGGAGAGGGUCGCCCCCGCCGGUUCUGGGAGACAGAGAGACCGAGAGUGUGGUAGGGUUUGCAGAAGCUCCACAUCCCGCUGAACAUAUGAGCCUCGAGUUCGUGAGUCUGGUAGAUCAACACCUUGUGGACCAACACAACGUGCAGGCGGUGCGAAUCUUCACCGACGGGAGCAAGAUUGAAGGGAAGGUCGGAGCCGCAUUAUCCUGGUGGAAUAAUGAGGCCGAGAUCCGGAACUCCAAACUCAGCUUAUCCGCGUACUGCACGGUCUAUCAGGCGGAACUCUUGGCCAUAUGGAAGGCGUCGGGCCAAAUCCUAAAAGGGGCGGAAGCGAGUUAUGGUCUAUACAGUGAUUCGAGGGCAGCGCUGGAGACGAUCACAAACCAUGACUCACUUCACCCUCUUGCUGUGGAGACGAGGAAGAAUCUGCGGACGGCCUCCACCCAAGGCAAAGCUGUGUCUUUGUUCUGGGUGAAAGCCCACGCAGGUCUUCCUGGCAACGAGCGCGCCGAUGAGCUGGCAAAGGAGGCAGCACUGGCAUCCAAACGGAAGCCAGACUACGACCGGUGUCCGAUCUCUUACGUUAAGAGACUAAUUCGAGAAGACACCCUGGAUAAAUGGAACGAUAGGUACACACAGGGUGACACCGCGUCAACCACCAAGUCUUUUCUCCCUGAUGCAUACACGGCGUACAAGUUUGCUCGCAAGAUAGGACCGACAGGGAUGCUCACCCAGAUCUUAACAGGACACGGUGGGUUCGCCCAGUACUUGAACCGAUUCAAGUGCAGGGAUAACCCAUCGUGUAUCUGCAAUCCGGACUGUGAAGAAACAGUCCUUCACUUGCUCACAGAGUGUCCCGUCCACGCCCGCGAGAGGUACGACACUGAAACAAAAUUAGACAUGCUUUUCACUGGUCACGGGGGUCUGAGGAGUUACCUCCAUAGGUUUAAGCUCUCGCCGGUUGAAACCUGUGUCUGCGACGACUCAACCAGCGAAACAGUAGAGCACAUCCUGACCGAGUGCCCUAGGUUCUCGGCCAGGCGUCAUGACUGCGAACACAGGAUUCAACGGGCGAUUGAGCCGCCGGUCCUCGCGCCCGGUCCGCGUCGGUCCGCGUCGGUCCGCGUCGGUCCGCGCCGGUCCUCGCGCCCGGCCCUCGCGCCCGGCCCGCGCCGGUCCUCGCGCCCGGUCCGCGUCGGUCCGCGCCGGUCCGCGCCGGUCCUCGCGCCCGGCCCUCGCGCCCGGUCCGCGCCGGUCCUCGGGCCCGGUCCGCGUCGGUCCGCGUCGGUCCGCGCUGGUCCUCGCGCCCGGCCCUCGCGCCCGGUCCGCGCCGGUCCGCGUCGGUCCGCACCCGGCCUAUCACCAAGUGCCGGUGAAACAUACAUAGACGACUGGGCGGUCCUCGCGCCCGGUCCGCGUCGGUCCGCGCCGGUCCGCGUUGGUCUGCGGCGGUCCGCAUCGGUCCGCGGCGGUCCGCAUCGGUCCGCAUCGGUCCGCGGCCGGUCCUCGCGCCCGGUCCGCGCCGGUCCUCGCGCCCGGUCCGCGUCGGUCCGCGUCGGUCCGCACCCGGCCUAUCACCAAGUGCCGGUGAAGACAUACAUCGACGACUGGGCGGUCAUCGUGCCCGGUCCGCACCCGGCCUAUCACCAAGUGCCGGUGAAACAUACGUCGACGACUGGGCGGUCCUCGCGCCCGGUCCGCACCCGGCCUAUCACCAAGUGCCGGUGA